GAAAUAUUUUCAUAAAUAAUUUGUCUAGAGAAUAUGGAAACAAUCUGCCAAGAGUUUACUGAAAAUUGUCCCAUUUUCAAGGAAUGCAUGGAGGACCCGGAGAUUCAUUCUCUAGACUCGGACACAAUUGAUUAUGUUUACGAAAUUUUAUGGCUGGAAUUAAGUGCAUUUGUACGCAAUAAACUAGCAACAAAAUUUUGGUCGCAUUUCCAAUAUAAUGAAAAUUGUGCCCAAUAUUCCCCCGAAUUUAAGGAUUUUAAGGAUUUAGAAGUGGAUGUGCCUAGACAAUUAGAAUUGUUUGAGAACUUUGUGAAUGCCGUCAAAGGGUUAGACGGUUAUUACCAAUUUCUUCAACAAACAAUGCACAAAUUGGAUGAAAUCUCUCAUAAAGACUUUAGCAAGUCAACGGAACGUUUAAACGAACUUGUACGUGGAAUCCUGUUAGCUCAACUACCCACCCAUUUUAAUAGAGUGGUAUAUGCCUUUUAUAGCAUUGCUUUUCGCGUGUCGUUUCAAUUAAGAAAAAGUUUAACAAAAGUAAAAAAAAUUUUAAGCUUUGAAACUGAAGUAAUAAAAGAAAAUGGUAGUUUAUGCAAGGGUUGUAAUCAAAUAACUAAUAAAUGCAAGUGUCAAGAACUGUUGAUGACCAUCAAUCGCGUCAACGAGAAACUACUACAAUUGGAAUUAUUAGAUCGUUUGGCCGGUCAGUGUAUGACCAGUUUGGUGCAAUUGCAUAUUAAAGAACAUAUUAAAGACACAUGUUAUGGUAUCUUCGAUAGAAGCCAUAUAAAGUCGUUAUUUAUGUGGCUAGAGGAUGUAAUAAUUACUUGGCUGAGGGAUAUAUUCCACGUGGAUCCCUUGGAUGAAUCUGUUGAGAAAAUGGAAUGCGCUGAUACGAAGACUGCUAGUGCCAUACAAGGCCUUAAAGUAAAACUUACAUUCUUUGUAUACGAAAAUUUUGCUUUAAGCAUCAUAGAGCAAUUCUUUAGUAUCAUUAUAGAUUUUCCCGACUCGGUUCCGGCCAUUGAUGAUUUGAAAAUCUGCAUGGAAAAGAUUAACCUACGAUCUCAAAUAAUUAAAAGUCUGAAGACAUCAUUGGAAGCACGAAUUUUACAUCCUGGGGUGAAUACUAUGGACAUUUUAACCGGUUAUGUGGCGGCCAUUAAGGCUAUACGUUAUCUCGACAAUAGCGGAGUCAUUUUAGAGAUUGUUACCGGUCCCAUUAAAGAAUAUUUGCGUAAACGAAAUGACACAGUACGUUGUGUGGUCACAAGUUUGACCGAAGAAGGACCAACCGAUCUCUCGGAAGAAUUGGCCAAAGGUGAAAACACUAAAGAUGCUGUUGUCUCCAAAACUAGCGAUGAUUUAGCUGACUGGGAAAAUUGGCAACCCGAUCCCAUUGGUUUGGAAAAUUCUUCGCAACCCCCUGUUGUGAAAAUGGUGCGGUCGGCCGAUAUAAUUUCUAUGGUUGUGGAUAUAUACGGAAGCAAAGAAUUGUUUAUGAGUGAAUAUCGUAACCUUUUAGCCGAUCGUUUAUUAUCCCAAUUGGAAUUUAAUCCAGAGAAGGAAUUACGUAAUUUAGAAUUGUUGAAAUUACGUUUUGGCGAACCUCUAUUGCACAAUUGCGAAGUUAUGCUCAAAGAUAUAACCGAUUCAAAAAGAAUCAAUAGUCACAUACAAAGCGAUCCCAAAUAUAAUGAAAGUAAGCAAUUUGAUAUUUCUUCGCUUAUCAUAUCGGCGCAAUUUUGGCCUUCGUUUAAUAAGGAAACGGUAGAAUUGCCUGAAGAAAUAGCCAAUGAAUUUAAAAAGUAUACCAAAUCAUACGAAGACUACAAGGGCAAUCGUACAUUGAAUUGGAGAAGCGUUACUGGCCGCGUUAACAUAGCUAUUGAAAUGGGUCAACGAACUUUGGAAAUGACGGUAGCUCCCAUGCUAGCGGUGAUAAUUUAUCAUUUUCAGAAUAAAACUGAAUGGUCUUUGGAAGAUUUAAGCACUACCGUGAAAAUACCCCCUUCAAUACUAAAACGUCGUAUAGCGUUUUGGCAAAGUCACGGUAUAAUUCUGGAAUCACAGCCGGGCAUUUUCAAAUUAAAUGAGAACGAUUUACCAAAGACGCAAUUGGACAAAGAGCCCAUAAGUGAAAUCAUAGCCGAAGAUGAAGGUAACGAAUCAGCUAUGGCCAGCGCUAGCGAUCAAAGAGAAGAGGAAUUACAAGUAUUUUGGUCUUAUAUUGUGGGUAUGCUUACCAACCUGGACUCUUUGCCAAUAGAGAGAAUUCAUCAAAUGUUGAAAUUAUUUGCUACAAAUGGUUCGGGUGUUGAAUUUACUCAGGAUGAUUUAAAAGUCUUUUUACAACGUAAAGUGCGAGAUCAUAAAUUAAUUUAUUCUGGCGGUGUUUAUCAGUUGGCUAGAUAAAAGCUUAGCAACAAAA